AUGUCUUCGCAUCCACCCGAUCCACCCGCAGCGAAGAAGAAGUCCCACCCGGGGAAGGCGACGUCGAAGGCGUGUCCAGCCAUCAAGGCCGCUCAGGAGGGCCACUUGCAGGCGCUGCAAGGCUUGCCAGCGGAGGAAGUCCUGAACGCCAGUGACCACAAUGGGUGUAGCUGUUUCCACUGGGCGGCGGGCAACGGACAUCUCCAGCUUUGCGACUUCCUCUUGGACUUGCGAGCAGCUCUCGAGGGGACGACUUGGAACCAACGCACUGCCUUGCACUAUGCGGCACGGAAUGGACAAACGGAGGUUUGCCAGUGGCUUGUCACGAAGAGGGCAGAACCAUUUGCUCUCGCCCGCGAUGAGGUCUCACCACUGCAGCUGGCGGUGUGGCAGAAUCACCUGGAGACCAGCCGCUGGUUGGUCGAGCGCGCUGGCGCGGACCCACUGCAGCGGAACCGCUUCGGGUGCUCCGUGGCGCACUGGCUCUCGCAGGCUCCCAGAGAGCGAGCCGGGCGGGAUGGAAGCGAAUUGCUUCCCCUUGCCGAAUGGCUGAAGUCCAAGGGCUGUGAUUUUGCGGCGGUCCAAAAUCACGGCCACAACUGUCUUCACAAAGCCGCUUGGGCGGGUCAUUUGGAACUCUGCCGAUGGCUGCGAGAUCGGUGUCACCUAAGAGACUCCUUGCAGGACCAUGCAGGAAACUUCGCCGCGGACCUGGCGCAGAUGGCAAAGCACUUCACCUUGGCCACAUGGCUCCGGCAGGAGAUGUCCACCGCCAAGCUGAGCUCCUGCCGGCGCUUGGGGGUGCCCGAGACCGCCUCGCCCGAAGCCAUUCGAGAGGCCUACCUUCAGCUGGUGCGGAGCCACCACCCAGACUCACGGCACUGCCACGACGAGGGCGAAGAGUUCUCUCGACUGCACCAAGCCUACCGACACCUGACGCGAGACCACGGCUGUGGUGCACAAAGCAAUCCUCGCCAUGAGCAGCACUUAAUGCUGCAGUGGUAUGGGCAUGAGGGAGAUGUAGAAGCACAGACGGAGAUGCAGAUGUUCAAGUCGCGCUUGCUCACCGUGAUUGGAGAGUUUGGGGAGAAGGGCUUGCCGUUGAGCUCGCUGCGCAAGAAGUACGCUCAGGUUUGGUCUGGCUCAGCCCUUCCAGAGCCCAAAGACUUCGGCCUGCGCAAGGGUUGCGGCCUACUGGAGAUGCUACGACAUGUUGCUGGCGACGUGCUGGUGGUGGAAAUGCAAGCGUCGCACGACCAGAGCCGUCUGCUGACCGGCUUCGUGCAGGUCUUGAAGCGCAUGGUGCCGGACAAGAAUGUCCAGGUCUUCCUGUCGGCCAUGGCGCUGCUCCAGGCGCUUAGCCAGGUUCAGCUACGGCAACUGCGACGCGCGGAGGCGCACUCCGCCUUUGAACCCUUGAUGCUCCUCCUCGUGGAACGCUUGGGCGAUGGCAACGUCCGGGCGCACGGCGGGGGCGGUGCACCGGGGAAAGGGUUGGAAGACCGCGUGCGUGAGGUUAACUUUGGAGGAUCAUCAGCACUGCCAGUAGCGGGUAGUGGACUGAUUGUGAGGUGCUUGGUGGAGACCUUCGGCCUGGAGCUCUUGCGCGCCGAUGCCGGUGUCCUCGAGAUCUCCGCGGGCAAAGGUGAGCUGGCUUGUGCCUUGCGCAACCGUUACCAAGUUCCAGUGACCUGCGCGGAGCCGCGGCCCUUGGACCUGCGACGCGUGGUGCAGCGCUUGCGCUGGUCGGCGGAAAGCGCUGCUGCAGGCAACGGCCGGCACUCCACACCAGUCGACCUGCCCGAGAAUUGUUGCCGCAGCAGCCGCAUCUUCGCGCCGGUGCAUUUGCGGAUCUUUUGGCACCAAGGCGUUUUGAAGGAUCCAGAAGCUUUGGCUCGCUCCUGGAACUUGGCCCAUCAGGUGCGUUGGUGCGCUUCGGGACUCAGCCAGGCGGAAGAUUUGCAUGGCGAGGAGCCAUAUCUCUCGAAAGGUGUUCCCUUUCGCCAGCUGGAGCUCACUGAAUAUUACACACGCCCUGAAGCAGCUGCCUCAGCUGACAGCAGCUGCCAGCAAUUGCCCGCAGAGGGUGAGGUGCUGUAUGACCAGCCAGAGGAUGCGGAGGUGGAUGAGUCAGGUCCCGGUAGUGAUGCUCUGUGCCCUGGACGGGCUGCGCCCGCAUGCGGCGCAUGCACCGUGGUGGAGCUCGGUGGGGGUUCCGCCCCCCCGGCGUUGGCGGCCGUGCGGGGCCUUUGCGAGGUCUGCAGCCUGGUCGUGGCGCUGCACGCGGACCAGGCCGCCGAGGCCGCGGUGCGCUUCGCCGCGGAGCGCGGCAAGGCCUUCGCGGUGGUGCCCUGCUGCGUUUACGCGGAGGACUUCCCACAGCGGCGCCUCUCCUCCGGGCGCCUGGUGCGCUCGCUGGCAGAGCUGAUCGAGUACCUGGCAGCUUUGGCCGAUGGUGUAGAGGUGACGACACUACCCUUCAGCGGCAAGAAUACUGUGAUCUACGCCCGGCCUCAGUGA